UCUGAGUUCUCUGCAUCUCUCUCGCUUAACAGAGAUUAAACCGAUUAAAAAUAAAAAGGUCGAAGCUUUUAAGUUAAGAAGAUUCAAAUCUAUGGCCGAUCGGAUUAAGGGUCCAUGGAGUCCGGAAGAGGACGAUCAGCUGCGGCGUCUCGUGGAUAAGUACGGUCCAAGGAACUGGUCGGCGAUAAGCAAGUCGAUCCCUGGUCGGUCGGGGAAGUCUUGUCGGCUACGGUGGUGCAACCAGCUUUCGCCGCAGGUGGAGCAUCGGCCCUUUACGACGGAGGAGGACGAGACCAUCAUACGAGCUCACGCCCAAUUCGGCAACAAAUGGGCCACCAUCGCUCGUCUCCUCAACGGCCGUACCGACAACGCCGUCAAGAACCACUGGAACUCCACUCUCAAGCGUAAAUCUGUCUUCUCCCGUGGUGUCGGAGGGUAUAAUGGUAAUUUCGUUGCCGAAGACGGGCCACCGCUGAAGAGAUCGGCCAGCGCCGGUUCCGGAGGUUGUGCGCCGGUGCCCACCGGGUUGUACAUGAGCCCUGGCAGCCCGACGGGAUCUGACGUCAGCGACUCCAGCACGGUUCCCGAUUUACUCUCCGCCCCUGCCCACGUGUUCAAGCCCGUGGCGCGAACCGGCGUCGUCGCGUUGCCUCUGGAGGAGAAGUCGGCGUCCUCCGGCGAUGACCCACCAACGUCACUGAGCCUGUCGCUUCCCGGAGCUGACGUCAGCGAGGUGUCUUACCGUAGUCAUGCGUCGACGAACACGAACAACGCCACCACUUCGAGCCACAAUACGCUGCCGGUUCUAUCGCUGGAGAAUAAAAACGAGGGUAGAAUCAAUGGUAAUGGAAAAGCUUUCGGCGGAUUGAGUGCCGAAUUCAUGGCGGUGGUGCAGGAGAUGAUAAAGGAGGAGGUUAGGAAUUGCAUGGCGGAGCUGCACAGAAACGAUGGAGGAUUCGGUGGUUUGUGUGAUUCCGGCAAUGGCGGAUUCAGGGAUAGUGGUAUUGUUCAUCAGAUCGGAGUUGGAAGGAUCAAGUAGGAUGUAAGAAUAACAGGACCGUACCGUGUUCGUACCUCUGAACAUUUGAUCAAGAGUGGGAGACAAAACUGCUGAGUUUCUCAUUGAGAAGUUUUCGGUUAAAUGUACAGAAAAAAUCUCGAGAUUAUUAUGUCUGGAGACAAUUUUAAUUCCAUAAUUCGUAUA